AUGGAGCGGAAAGUAGCCCGAGAGUUUAGGCAUAAGGUGGAGCUGCUCAUUGACAAUGAAGCUGAGAAAGACUACCUGUAUGAUGUGCUACGGAUGUAUCAUCAGUCUAUGAACCUGCCUGUUCUGGUUGGUGACCUGAAGCUGGUGAUUAAUGAACCCAAUCGCCUACCUCUGUUUGACGCCAUCCGUCCGCUGAUCCCACUGAAACAUCAAGUGGAGUACGACCUGCUUACGCCUAAGAGAUCACGGAAGUUGAAAGAGGUACGUCUGGACCGCACACAUCCGGAGGGCCUUGGUCUGAGUGUGCGUGGAGGACUGGAAUUUGGCUGCGGUCUCUUCAUUUCCCAAAUAGUCAAGGAUGGACAGGCUGGGAAUGUGGGCCUGCAGGUCGGGGACGAGAUUGUCCGCAUUAAUGGAUACUCCAUCUCCUCCUGCAUCCAUGAGGAGGUGAUCAGCCUAAUCAAGACUAAGAAGACAGUGUCGCUAAAAGUCAGAUAUGUUGGAAUGAUACCAGUGAAAAGUUCUGCGGAUGAACCUCUGAAGUGGCAAUUUGUGGAUCAGUUUGUUUCUGAAUCUGGGAGCAGCGUAGCAGGACUUGCUUCCAUUGGAGGAAAAGAAAUCAAGGAAAAAAAAGUGUUUCUCAGCUUGGUUGGUACCAAAGGCAUGGGCAUUAGCAUCUCGAGUGGGCCGACACAGAAGCCCGGGAUCUAUGUGAGCAACGUAAAACCCGGCUCUCUCUCAGCAGAAGUGGGCUUACAGGUGGGUGACCAGAUUGUGGAGGUCAAUGGGGUGGAUUUCACCAAUUUGGAUCAUAAGGAGGCAGUUCGCGUACUGAAGAGCAGUAGGAGUCUGACCAUCACUGUCCUCACAGGAGCUGGCAGUGAGUUGUUUAUGACGGAUGAAGAGAGGCUGGCCGCGGAGGCGCGAAGAGAACUGGAGAGGCAGGAGCUCAUGCAUCAGAAGAGGGUGGCACUAGAAACAAACAAGAUUGUGAAGGAACAGCAGGAGAAAGAACGCCUGCGAAAGCUGGAGAUAUCUCAGAAGACGGCGGAAGAGGAGGAACGAUAUCGCAAAGAGAUGGAGAAGAUUGAGGCUGCGGAGAGGAAACACAACAGGGAAUGGGAGGAGGACUGGGGUAACAGGGACACGCCCAAAACCCCGUCUCCAGCACCUUCAUCUCCACCCCCCCGCUCCCCAUCGCCUCCCAAAACCAAGAACUCUGUCGACAGCCCAGAGAUGACGGCUUUUGGCUGGUUUUACCGCUAUGAAGGGAAGUUGCCCACUCUCAGAAAGAAAGGAAAAGAGAAGAAGCAGAAAAAAAAGAUGUCAAAGACCGAUACCCUUCCAGCAGAGAGGAAGAACAAGAAGGAGAUGGAGUUUGAACUGAAACUAGCCAAGGAAAAGGAGGAGAUGCAUGAAAGAGAAAAACAGUUGAAAAUCAAUAGACUGGUACAAGAGGUGUCAGAGACUGAAAGGGAAGACCUGGAGGAAUCUGAGAAGGUGCAGCACUGGGUGGAGAGACUGUGUCAGACCAGAUUAGAACAGAUCUCCUCGGUAGAAAACGACUCUCCAGAGAUGUCUCCAGCACGUUCGCCCGCUGCCUCGAGUCCAACCGUGCGGAGGUUCCCUGGGGGGCUGCAGUUGGCCACUACCGAUCUGGAUGACAUUAAUCUUGAUGAAGUGGAUCAGAGUCUCAGGCAGCCCUUGAAAAGACUGGCACCUACUCCACCCACAUCUAAUCAACCACCACCUCCAUUACCUCCUCCUCCACCUUCACCCAGGCUUAACCCCACAUCCAACUACCCGCCCCCGUCGCCUAGGCCCUCCAACCACAACAAGCACCAUCCUGCGCCCUCUCCCAGACCAUCUGAGGCCAGGUACAGCCCCUCCGGUUACCGCAGGUCUCCCAGCCCUUUGGAGCAUAGCAACGAGUGGGAGAGUCGUGCAUACAGGCAGCGAGGGGGCUAUUCUACAGCCAGCCCGAAUGAACUUUCAUACCCCCCAAGCCCAAAGAAAAUAGCUCCUAGCCCGCCCAAUCAGCGGAGACAGAUUGCUCCUGUCGUGUCGAAGCCUGUCAUGCUGCCCCCAUCCCAGACCUCACACAGACCCACUCUGCGCUCAGAGGCCAUGCCACCAGAGAUGCUAAAACGGAUGGUGGUGUACAACUCCUCCUUUAAGUCCAACAAGAAACAAGGAUUUCAGAAAUACGUCGACGACUUUGAUCCACACUCCAUGUUCGCUCCAACGGAACUAGAUGGAAGAGAUGUACGUCUACUCCGAAUUAAAAAGGAUGGUCCGCUGGAUCUUGCAGUGGAAGGAGGUAUAGACUCUCCGCUGGGGAAGAUUGUGGUAUCAACUGUUUAUGAAGAUGGCUCUGCAGACAAACAUGGUGGGAUAGUGCCCGGGGAUGAAAUAAUGGCAGUGAAUGGGAAAAUCCUGACUGAUGCCACUCUUUCUGAGGCCCAGAGCUCACUGGCUCGGGCUUGGAACAGUGGAGGGGAUUGGAUUGACCUCGUGAUAGCUGUAUCCCCACCAAAGGAAUACGAAGAUGAGGUCCCUAAGACAGCAUCACUCAGUCCCACUGCGAACAGAAAGGUUUUCGAAGGCAGUGCUCCGGUGUACAGACAAGGUUACCUGCUCAAGUUUUAG